AUGCUGAAUCAAAAAGAAGAAACCGUAGCCAUGAAUGGUGUAUUUGCCAUAGCCAAGCCAGCGGGUAUCUCAUCCGCCAAACUUCUUGCAAAAGUGCAAAAUUUGUUCAACAGUUCCAAGGUUUUUGCCAAUGACUUGAAGAUCAUCAAAGAAACUACCAUCAAUAAUUUCAAGCAACAAUAUCCUAAUAGAAAUCCAAGUAGAAAAGUUUACAAUAGGGUAAAAAUCAAGAUGGGUCAUGGGGGUACUUUGGAUGUCGGUGCUUCUGGUGUUUUGGUGAUUGGCGUUGGUGCCGGUACCAAAAAAUUACAAUCAUAUCUUAAUGAUUGUAUCAAAUCUUAUGAAACCGACGCGGUAUUGGGGGCCAGUACCACUAGUGGUGAUUUCGAAGGAGAAGUGUUAUCGUUAAACGACGUUCGUCACAUUACAAAGCAACAAGUAUUGGAUACCGGUGCCAAAUUUACUGGGGAUAUUGUGCAAACCCCACCAAUUUUCUCAGCCAUUAAGAUUAACGGUAAAAAAUUAUACGAGUAUGCCAGAGAAGGGAUUCCAUUACCAAAACCUAUAAAGGAAAGAAACGUCAAGAUUCAUGAAUUGAAGUUUGAUGAAGAUAGUAUCUUGAGCACCGAUCAUUCGUACAAAUUGGUCCAACCUGAAGUUGACGAGGAUGGUAAAACUAUUGUUUCUAAACUUGCAUCGAUCAGUAAUUUGAAUGAAGAUCAAUUACAUUUUUCCAAGCAGUACAUUGAAAAAUAUAAGAAUGACAAUGAUGGCAAGGAUGUCGAACAUAUCAAGUCUAAACCAAUUGAUGACCCAGAAUAUGAAAAAGAAAUCUUGAGUGAAAGUUACGUACCACCAAUAAUUCGAUUUUCAACCACGGUUUCUUCCGGGACUUAUAUCAGAUCUUUGAUCAGUGACAUUGGUAAAGCAUUAGGAAGUUCGUCAUAUAUGACCAAAUUAGUGAGAAGUCGUCAAGGUGAUUGGAGAUUAAACGAAAAUGUAUUUACUAUUGAAGAUUUUUCCAAAUACCAUGAAGAUGUUUGGGGCAAAGUUUUGAAGUCAGUUUUCGACAAUGGUGCGGCAAUCAACCUUCAAGAAGUAUUGGAAAAGGAGAAUGAAGAGUUUUUGAAACAGCAUCCAGAAGAGGCUGGUCAUGUGUACAAGUUCAUGGAGUCAGAUACUGAUGAAGAUAUCCAGAGUUACCAUAAAAAAUUCUCUAAUAACAAAAGAAAAAGAGGGACGCCCGAUGAUAAUGAUGCGGAUGAAAACCCAAAGAAGAAACAAGAUUCUUAA